UCAAUCCAGGUAACCAUUGAUUCAGCUUUUUCGGAAAUAAAAUCAAAUGCUUCGUUUAAUUUCCGUAAAGCUGCCCCAACAAUUAAGGCGCAGAGCUUCACCAAUCUGCCAUGGCCACUUGUUCUCAACCUCCUCUCUCAAGCCCAUCUCAGACCCCCCUAAUUCCACGGACCCAAAAUCUCUUACAGUUUCUUUUCUCCGAAACUCGUGUGGGCUGUCCUUAGAAUUGACCAAUUCAGCUUCCAAGAAGCUCAACAUUGAGAACGUAGAGAAUCCCAACUCCGUUCUGAAUCUGUUGAGAACUCACGGUUUGACGCAGAACCACAACAUACACUUAAUUAGUAGUCAUCCAUUAUUGCUUUCGGCCGAUUUAGGCAAUACCCUCAAGCCCAACUUGGAGUUGUUUAAAUCCUUAGGGUUCUCUGGCGCUAACCUCGCCAAAAUGCUCACCAUAUACCCAACUGUGCUAGAAAGUGAUGCAUACACUACGUUGAUUUUUUUAGAGCACAUGGUUUUAGUGAUAUAUCUUGAAAUUAAAAAGCUUUUAUCUGCAUCGCCUUUCGUUCUGCAAAGGAGCCUCGAAAAACAAAUCAUUCCGUGUGUUCAAGAGCUUAGGCGGGUUCUUGGCACUGACGAGAAUGUCUUAAAGGCUAUAAAGGCAUGCUACCAAAUACUCGAAUCAAACAUGGUUAUGCUACGGCCCAACAUCGAUACGUUGAAAAGCCAUGGUGUUCCCCAGUCAUUAGUUUCGAAACUCUUAUUUAUAGAACCAAUGUCACUGCAUAUCUGUAGCAAUCGGUUUUGUGAGAUUGUUAGUGAAGUUAUGAAAUUGGGUUUUGAUCCCAAUUAUCUGUCGUUUCUUGUAGCCAUCAAGUCCAUGGCACUAAAUAGUAAGACACUGUGGGAGAAGAAGGUGGAAGCUUUUAGAAGCUUUGGUUUGUCAGACAAUGAGAUUUACGCAGCAUUCAAGCGGCACCCCAUGUGUAUGGCUCUUUCGGAGAAGACAAUCAAGAAAAUGAUGGGUUUCUUUGUGAACAAACUGAAGAUGAAGCCUGCAAAGAUCUCCAAGAGUCCGAUUCUUCUACAGUAUAGCUUGGAGAAGCGGAUUAUUCCGAGGUGUUCAGUUCUGCAACUUUUGAUGUUGAAAGGUUUGAUCAAGGUAGAUACUAGCAUUGUUUAUAUAGUCAAAACGGCUGAGAAGAAAUUCAUGGAGAGAUUUGUGAGCAAGUAUCAAAAUGAGGUUCCUGAUGUUUGGUUCUCUCAACCAAAUCAAAUGCUACGUUUCAUUUGCUCAAAAUUGCCCCAAAAACUGAGGCACAGACCUUCGAAACCCAGCCACGCAAACUUUUUCUCAACCUCCUCCCUCAAACCCACCUCAGAACUUCCUAAUCCAAAGGACUCACAAUCUCUGACAAUCUCCUUCCUCCAAAAUUCAUGUGGACUUUCGUUCGAAUCGGCCAAUUUGUGCUCCAAGAGGCUCAACAUUGAGAACGUAAAGAUUACCAAUUCAGUUCUAGACCUGUUGAGAAAUCACAGUUUGACACAGACCCACAUAAGUAACAUAAUUAGAAUCCGUCCACUAUUGCUUUCGGCUGACUUAGAGAAUACCCUUAUGACCAACAUGGAAAUGUUUGAAUCCUUGGGGUUUUCUGGUUCAGGUCUCGCCAGAAUGCUUAGCAAAUACCCAGCUGUGCUAGAAAGUGAUGCACACACUACUGUUGAAAUUUUUAGGGCACAUGGUUUUAGUGAUAUGCAAAUAAAAACUUUGACGAUGAAGCGUCCCGUAUUGUAUACGUAUAAUGCUGACAAGAUUUUUAAGCCAAAGUUGGAGUUUUUCAAAUCGUUAGGCUUGUCAGAUCUUGAAAUUGCACAGCUUUUAUCCUCUGAGCCUUAUAUUCUAACAAGGAGCCUCGAAAAACAAAUCAUUCCGUGUGUUCAAGAGCUUUGGCGGGUUCUUGGCACUGAUGAGAUUGUCUUAAAGGCUAUAAAGGAAUGCUACCUACUACUCGAAUCAAACAUGGUUCGUAUGCUACAGCCCAACAUCGAUACGUUGAAAAGCCAUGGUGUUCCCCAGUCAUUAGUUUUGAAACUCUUAUUUAUAGAACCAAUGUCACUGCUUAUCUGUAGCACUCGGUUUAGUGAGAUUGUUAGUGAAGUUAUGAAAUUGGGUUUUGAUCCCAAUUGUCUGUCGUUUCUUCUAGCCAUCAAGUCCAUGGCACUAAAUAGUAAGGCACUGUGGGAGCAGAAGGUGGAAGCUUUUAGGAGUUUUGGUUUGUCAGAGGAUGUGAUUUAUGCUGCAUUCAAGCGGCAACCCUUGUGUAUGAGUUGUUCAGAGAAGAAGAUCAAGAAAAUGAUGGGUUUCUUUGUGAACAAACUGAUGAUGAAGCCUUCUGUGAUCUCCAAUUGUCCGAAUCUUCUACUGCAUAGCUUGGAGAAGCGGAUUAUUCCGAGGUGCUCGGUUCUGCAACUUUUGAUGUUGAAGGGUUUGAUCAAGGAAGAUACUAACAUUGUUUAUGUGAUUACAAUGACUGAGAAGAACUUCAUGGAGAGAUUUGUGAGCAAGUAUCAAUCUGAGGUUCCUGAUGUUGUUAGAGCACACCAAGGGAAGAUAGAAUUUCAAGGGCUCCCCAUAGCCAUGGAAAUGUGACUACUUCGGAUAUAAUUGAAUGUGGCAUUGCCUAAAGAUCAUGAGUUCAGAUUUAGUUCAACAUGUCUGUAGUUUGACGUGAAUCUUCGUCUGUGUUAUUUAAGGGUAAAACAUUUUGCGGAGUUGUUUCAGCAACUUUCUAUCGUGAUCUAUCUGUGUUGUUCACUUUAGGUGCGAACUAGAAACUUGUCAAUGUUGAGGUGAACCUUGUCUGCCAUGUUGAUAGUGAUGGCUUAUGGUGCUACUAAUUUGAUCAUACAUUGCAGGAGAA